AAAUUUGACCAAUAUGGUAACCCAUUGCGUUUGAAUGUCAAAUGUUUUAGUUUUAUGUUGGUUUUAUGUCAACCACAUGACAACAAUGUCAAUGUGAAAAUACAACACGUGAGUUUAUUUUGCAAAAUUAAGUUAAAACAUAGUUAUGGCUGAUGAGGCCAUAUUCGACAAGAAGAAAUCGCAUCGAGCUAAACAUGCUGGCCGUAAAGCUGAGAAAAAGAAAAAGAAGAACCAAGUGGACCAGUCUAACCUAUCGGCGAGGCAACGAAAUCCUAAAGCCUUUGCUAUUCAAUCAGCUGUACGAGCUGAAAGACAAUUUAGGCGCAGAGAAGAUGUUAUUGCAAAGAAACAACAUAUACCACAGGUUGAUAAGACUCCAUUAGAGCCGCCACCGAUCGUUGUGGCAGUUGUCGGUCCACCGAGAGUUGGCAAAACAACGCUCAUAAAUAACCUUAUAAAAAGUUUUAUUAAAACAAACGUGACUAACACGAAAGGCCCUAUUACAAUAGUUACUUCGAAAAAGAGGCGUCUGACUUUAAUUGAAUGUAACAAUGAUAUUAAUUCAAUGAUUGAUAUAGCUAAAUGUGUUGAUCUAGUGUUACUCCUGUGUGACGCCAGCUUCGGCUUUGAGAUGGAGAUCUUCGAGUUCUUAAACAUAUGUCAAGUGCACGGAAUGCCUAAAAUAAUGGGUGUCUUAACUCAUCUCGACAUGAUCAAGAACGCGAAGAAACUCAAAAUGACAAAGAAAACCUUGAAACAUCGUUUCUGGACUGAAGUUUAUCCAGGUGCCAAGUUGUUUUACCUAUCCGGUAUAGUUCACGGGGAGUACUUAAGGAAUGAGAUAAAGAAUUUAUCUAGAUUCAUAUCUGUGAUGAAGUUCAGGCCUCUAAGUUGGAGAAUGACACACUCAUACGUGUUGGCUGAUAGACUUGAAGAUAUCACGAGUCAAGAGAGCAUAAGAAAGGACCCGAAGAUUAACAGAAAUGUCGUCCUGUAUGGCUACGUCAGAGGAGUGCCAUUGAUGAAGGAUUCAGUUGUACAUAUCGCAGGAGUUAGUGAUAUGAGAAUAAGUGAGUUGUCAUAUUUGCCUGAUCCGUGUCCACUGCCUAGUAGGGAGAAAAAAAGGCACUUAAUAGAGAGGGAGAGGCAAAUAUAUGCACCCUUCUCUGGUGUCGGAGGCAUCGUGUAUGACAAGGAUGCAGUCUACAUUGAACUUAAAGGGUCACAUUCUCAUAAACAGGACGACGAAGAAAUUGAUGAGAAGCAGGCGUUAUUAAAAAAUGUUGUGGAAACUAAGGAAACAGUUGAUGAGCAAAUGCAAGAAACUGGGUUAAAAUUAUUCAGUGGCGGUGAUGUGAUAUAUCCAGAUAUGUUGAAAGACGAUGAAUACUUACAGCAUGGUAAAAGUCAAGAUAGUGACUCAAGUUCUGAUGAACAGGAGUCAGAUUAUGAACGUGAUUCUGAAAAUGAUAGUGGUAUCGAUCAAAGUGAAAAAGAUACAAAGUCAAGCUCUAAACUUCCAUGGGAUAACAAUUCUGGCUCUGAAGACGAAGGUGAUGAUGACGACGAUGAUAACGGCAAUAGUCCUGAAAAAGAUGAUGAAAAUGAUUCGAAUUCUGAUGAAACAGAAUCCGAAAACGAGGAAGUUAAUGAGGAAGAUUUCAGUAUAAAAUGGAAAGAAAAAUUAAGUGAAAAUGCGACCAAUGCAUACUUUGAGCGACAAAAAACCUCUAAAAAUAUCAUGAAAUUAGUUUAUGGUGAUUUCGAAAUAGGAAAUAAAACAAAGAAUCAGACUGAAGAAGAAGAUUCAGAAGAUAGCGAUGACACAAAGAGUGCUGGCUUAUUAAAGACAGUCACCAGUUCUCAAAAGAAGAAACAUAAAGAAAAAGAACAAUUAGAUCUUGAUGAGUGUUCAUUUUUCUAUUCUUUAGAGAAACCCAAUUUAAGAGACUGGACGAAAGAUGAGAACAAAAUGAUGAUAAUAAAUAAUUUUGUGACUGGUAAAAGAUCUGCAGACGAAGACGCCGAGGAACUUUUGAAAUUAGACGACGCUAGUGACGGAGACGACGAAAUUUACGGAGACUUUGAAGAUUUAGAAACUGGUGAAAAACAUGUUAAUGAAGAAAAAUCAGAUAAACAAUCAAAAGAGGAAGAAGUCGCUGGAUCAAAAAGAAAAGCAGACCCAACUAAAUCAGAAAUUUUAAAUAAAAAACUUAAAUUGAAAGCGAAGUUUGAUGCUGAAUAUGACAAUCCAGAUGAUCACAGAAUUAAGGGCGAUCAUUCAUAUUACGAGAGUCUAAAGGCUGAAGCUCUUAAACAAUCAGAGUUAAAUAAGUCAGUCUUUGAAAACUUAGAUAAUGGUUUAAGAAUUGAAGUUGAAGGGUUUAGACCUGGUCUGUACGUGAGAAUGUUAUUCAAAAACAUGCCAUCGGAGCUCGUAACGAACUUCGACGCCAGCUAUCCACUUCUCAUAGGGGCAUUGAAUAUGGCUGAACAGAAUAUAGGAUUUGUAUCUUGUAAAGUUAAAAAGCAUAGAUGGUAUAAAAAGAUCUUAAAAACAAAUGAUCCACUAAUUAUAUCACUAGGGUGGCGCAGGUUCCAAACGCUACCAAUAUAUUCCAAAAUUGAAGAUGAUUUAAAGUGUAGAUAUUUGAAAUACACGCCGGAACACGUUACGUGUAACAUGCACUUUUAUGGUCCGAUAACACCACAAAAUACAGGUUUUCUAGCUUUACAAACAGUUAGCAAUGCCACGAACGAAAUACAGCAUUUGGGUUUUAGAAUUGCAGCAACGGGUAGUGUCAAUGAAAUCAACAAGUCCACGCAAAUUAUGAAAAAGUUAAAAUUGGUUGGAACACCUUUAAAAAUUUAUAAGAAAACAGCUUUCAUUAAAGACAUGUUUACGACGACUCUUGAAGUUGCAAAAUUCGAAGGAGCAAGAGUGAAAACUGUAUCAGGAAUAAGAGGACAGAUAAAAAAAGCUUUAAGUAAACCCGAAGGCGCUUUUCGUGCUACGUUUGAAGACAAAAUACUUAUGAGCGAUGUAGUUUUUUGUAGAACGUGGUUUAAAGUAGACGUAACUAAAUUUUACGCCCCUGUUGUUAACCUUUUACUGCCAAUGGGUAAGAAGAAUGCUUGGGAAGGAAUGAAAACUAAAGGUCAAUUGAAACGAGAACGCAAUAUAAAAUAUGACGCAAAUAAUGAUUCAAUGUACACUGAAAUUGUGAGGGAGCCCAAAGUAUUCAAGCCUUUAGUUAUACCAAAAGAAUUACAGAAGGCCUUACCUUACAAAAUUAAACCCAAAGCCAAGACCAUGACAUUGUCAAAAACUAACAAAAAGGAGCAGUUCUCAGGCCGGAUAGCGGUAAUUAAGAAUCCACAUGAACAACAAGUAUCUAAUGUUAUGAAAAUGCUGAAAACUAAUUUCGAAAAGAAGAAGGAAGUCCAGAAAAAGUUAACUUCAGAGAAAAUGAAAAAGUUCAAGAAGCAGCAAGAAGCAGAGGAAUGGCGUAAGAUUAAACGACAGAAGGAAGUUAAAAAGAAAAUAUGUCGGCAAUUAAGUAAAAUGUCCAAUAAGAAGCAAAAGCAAAUGUAGAAUGUUAACGUUGUACUAUUUAAAAUAAAUUUACUGUUUUUAAUCA